AUGUUAAUCAAUGGUCGUAAAUAUAUUGUACCAUGUCAAAGUCGAUUUUCUCGUCAAUCCAUAAACGAAAUUGCCAAUGCAGAAUACAACAGAAUAUCAAACACGGUUAAAAAAAAUCUUGGUGAUAAUCAAAUGUCAAUUACGGAUGAACGAGCAAAACAAGCAUUUCCAGAAUUAGAACAAAUGAGUCAUGCUUUAUAUUCAAAACCAUUACCAGCAAAAUUAUAUCGAUGUGCUCGUCGUGAAUACAGAAAAGUAAAACGUCUCCAAAAAUUGUUACAUCGUCGACCUGAUAUUAUUAUACGUCAAGUAGAUGAAGGUGAAGGCUUUUAUUUUGGUAAUAAGUCUAUAAUAGAAUAUAAAACAGAAGAAUAUAUGAAGAAAACUGAAGCUUAUCAAGAAGUAACUACUGGUCGAUGCCCUCUAGCCGAUAUUUUACGUUCAACAGAAGCUGUACUUGGUUAUCUUGUCAAGAAAAAAGCAAUUUCUAAAGCUCAACGUGAUAAACUUCUACUUAAUGUAAACACAGUUGAAGUCGCUCAUUUGUAUACACUAUCUGAAGUACAUAAGCCUCAGCUAUCAAUACGACCCAUCGUUUCUGGUUUGCAUGCACCAGUGGCAUUGGUCCCAUUAUUUUUGAAUCAUCUUCUAUCGCCCAUCUAUUUACAAGUGGCACAUGAUACUACAUUCAUUAAUAAUAUUGAUGUUGUUCAUAUGAUAUUAAAAAUCGCUCGUCUACUUUUGGAUACAAAUUAUUUUGCAUAUAAAACUGAAUAUUAUCAACAAAAAGGUGAUGGAGCUACGGGUUCUGCAUAUACACAAGUCUUUGCGAAUAUUUAUAUGUUAGAAUGGGAACAAGGUUUAACAAAACAUCAAGCGUCCAAAAAUGAAAUUUACGGAAGGCUAGUUUGA